AGUACCAGCGCAUGUGGGACUGCAUGCAGGAGGAGCUGCAGCUGCUGCUCACCGAGCUGCUGCAGGCGGGAGCGCUGGCGGGUGGCGAGCUGGGCCGACCCGCCCGACCCGGCGGCCGCGGCGGCACCGACCCACGGGUCGCUGGUGGCGGCCCGGGAGGCGGUGGCUUUGGCAGCGGCGUGCGGUCCCUGCUUGCCGACCUGAACCCGGUUCACUUCCUGGAGCAGCUGGCGGCACUCGCUGAGAGGACGGCGGACUUGGCGGAGAAUGCGCUGGGAGGCGGAGGGGGCGGAGGGGCUUCGGCAGCAGCGGGCGCCCGACCCCCAGCACCCAACAAGCCGCAGCUGCAGUUCCAACAGCCCCCCCAGCCCCCGCAGGUCCCCGGUGGCGGCCCCGACCCCCAGGGCACCCCCCGGCGGCGCCACGAGGCGGUGGCGGGCAGCAAGCUCACCUUUGCAUUCGACCUGCCGCUGCAGCUGCCGGGGCCGGAGGGCGGCGGGGGAGGAGACCAGGUGUGGGGCGGCGCAGUGGUGCCGCGCGGCCCCGCCAAGGAGGCAGCCGGGUACGCCCCGCUGCUGCACCGACUGAUCGGCGAGGGCUGCUGCUGCCUGCAGCUCCUGCCCGACACCUACCUGCCCGCCCUGCGCCUCGUCACCCGCGCCGAGCAGCUGUUGCGGCUGCCCCCCGACCUGGCACCCACCUCCACCUCCACCACCAGCCCCUUCGCCUCCUCCUCCUCCCCCUCCAGCGAGUCCGGCGGCCCCCCGGUGGUGUCCAGCUGGCUGCCCGCCUACCUGGAGCAGGUGGCGCUGGAGCAGCUGCUGCCGCAACUCUGGGUGGAGCUGCGGGGCAGGUGCACGGCAGCCCUGGAGGACCCGGAC